GGGCAAGAUGGCGACGCUACAGGGCGGGCUUCUGGGGCCGGACCCCGGGGCGCUAAGCCCCGCGCAACAGGAGCAGCUGCGCAACUUCAAGAUUCAGACUCGGAUUGCUAAUGAAAAAUACCUGAGGACCCACAAAGAAGUAGAGUUGCUCAUAAGUGGUUUCUUCAGAGAAAUAUUUUUGAAAAGACCAGACAACAUCCAGGAAUUUUCUGCAGACUAUUUCACGGAUCCAAGACUUCCCAACAAGAUUCACAUGCAGCUAAUUAAGGAGAAGAAAGCGGCUUAAUUAGCAGAAUCAGGAUGCUCAGCUGUUGAGAGAGACCAGGAAGAAUCCAGCCUCAGGGGUCACCCAGAAGCAAGGGAGCUGUGUUGCCAUCAGAUUGGGGUCCUAAGCUGCCUUGGGCCAUAUCUGCUGUUGCAAAGGCUUUUAAAGAUAUUCAUUAAAAACAGACCUUUCUAGUCUCUCUGCUGUGUUUCACUC